AUGCCCGACCUGACGCCACGUGGUACACCCGUUCAGGCGAGCGCAGUCGCCGCAGAGGCACUCGAGGCGCCGCCCCCGCCGCCCACGGCCGGCGCCCUUGCGAGAACGGGCGCGCGCGCGCGUGCCGCCGCGGCGGAGCGCUCCGGCUCCCAGUCGGCGAAGGUGCUGAUGGACAGGAGCUCCAAGGGCUCCCGGGACGCGUACGAUCAGCAGUCCCUGGACAGGGGCGAAGUGUUCUACGGGGGCGUGACGCCGCGAGGUGUCCCGGCGCGCACCUCGGUCACCAGGCAGGGCGCCGCCCUGGAGCGCCAGGCGCCCGCGCCGCCGCCGGAGCUGUUCCCGGCCGAGAGGUCCCAGAGACGGCCGUCUUGGGAGAGCGGGUGGCCGCCACGGCCCGGUGCGGCACCGGCCAGUUCGUGGGCGGCUCGCCUCGAGGGGCAGCAGGAGGCCCCGGGCAUGCCGCCGCCGCCGUGA